AUGGUACUUGAUCACCAGAUAUUACAUACUUUGAGCAAGCAGCUCAAUAAACUUUGCAGUAAUUCGGGUUCUCUGAGGCUGCGAAAUUUGCAACUGUCUUCGAGCGUGCGUCUUUACGGUUACCGCACCAAGACUGACGGUAACGCGAUUAUCGACCUGGAGGACGACCACGCAUCGUCGCCAGACAGAUGUCUAAUUGGAGAAAGCCUUAGUCUACAUUUUCAAAAAAAAUCCAGACCUACAGCUAUUCGAGGAAAGUCAGCGGCUCGUUCUGAAAUCGGCAUGGUUGCGAGCAGUCAACUACGGGCGACGAAAGCUCGAGAUCAAAUCCAGGUUUGAUGAUUGCGUUCUUGAUACGAAAAGUAAUUCAA